CAGCCAGCAAGCAAGCGGCAGGCGAGCAGCAGGAGGAGGAGGAGGAGGUGCCGGAGGAGGAAGAGAGCAUCCCGAAGUUUCAGCGGACGAAGCUCGCUCGGGUUCAGGGGAGUGACACCAACAACCAGAGGAGACGACACGGCAUGCCGGAGGCCAUGUCUGGAAAUCUGAUCCAGCGUGACGUCUUUGGAGAAAGAGCUGUGGUGGAGAAGUAUCUCCUGGAGAAGUCUCGUCUGGUCUCCAGGGAGAAGAACGAGAGGCGUGUGCUGUGACGUCCAUUCAUCGGCGCCCUGUGAGGACACGCGUGGCCAUUUUAUGAACGACAACUUCAUUCAACUUGUCUUGCUGCUUCUCCAUUCGACUUUCCGUGGGGAGGGGAAGCGGCGGUGGUGUCACUCAUGGUGAGAAGAACCUACGUGAACACUCGAUGCCUGUGACCCGCUUAUCGGUCGCCACCCGCUGAGACAUUCGCAUCACAGAACCCGAUUAUCACUGUAAAAAUAUCAUCGCUGGAGGGUGGUCGGCGUUCUAAUCCCCCUGACGAUUAGCCCAUAUGCUCCACAUGUGAGCACAGAGGCGCGCCCAGAUAGCUUGAUGAACACCUUCCCUUCCUUCUCCUCACCUCCCCCAAACACGCCAACCAUCCAGUCGGUGUGCAAACCCUGCCUCCGGGCCCCGUGGAGGAUGAACGAUGGGCCCACGCUGGACUACGAGUUGCUGCUGUCCCCCGCCGGCUCCUCCUUUCUCCCCGGCGGCGCUGGCAGCGGCGGCGGCGGCAGCAGCAGCAACCCGCCUCUGGCCUUGGUGGGGGUGGACACAGAGCAGCGCACCGCCUUGGCCUUCGUGGGCCUCCUUAUGCUCUUCCUGGUCUUCCUGCUGGUCAGGUGCUUCAGGAUCCUGCUGGACCCUUACAGUCGCAUGCCCGCAUCAUCCUGGACUGACCACAAGGAGGGGCUGGAGAGGGGGCAGUUUGAUUACGCGCUGGUGUAG